GAGACGAGAGGUUAUCAAGGUCAUACUGACCAUUGGUAUCCGAAUCUCGACACAGCUUGAAUCAAUUCUGCCACACAAGGCCAGACAGAGUCUCAUGGUUUGUGGGCAACACACACAUGGGCUCACCGUGUGAUGACAUACCAUGCACUAAUGUUUUGGAUCACACCGCAGUAUGAUCUGUAUGCAUUUGGAACCAUGCUCUAUUACAUCCUGAGCGAGACGCAGGCCGACCGGGACUGGAACGAAAGAGAUAUGUCAUUCAGCGAAACUGUAGCAGCGCUGAUGCUUCCGACUGGAGCAAUUACUCAGAAAUGGUGGAAUCAAAGGUAUAACAGUGCAGAAAAAGUCAUGGUCGAUCUCAAAAUGGUUAUGGAGGAAGAAGGCAUCGAUGUGGAAGAGAUGGAGAUACUCGACUCCGCCGUGCAUUUGAGGGAUUGAUGGAUUUGUUUAAUCCGCCUGCGGCUCCUCCUAACGAUAGUUUCUGAAGAAAACAUUUGCCUUAUGGCUGGGAAUCGAGAUUUAUCAAACUAUGGAGUCCU